CUGUGGAUACCUUGGGAUUUGGUGUCAGUCGCCCUGCGUUGAGUUUCGGGCAGGUUGGUCUCUUGCCCAUGGAGAGGCGCACCGAUGUGGGUUUUCGUACCUUUUUUUCCUGGAGGCGCGCGGCAGCUCGUGUGCUGCCACCAUCAAGGCAGCGCUGGAGGAUACCCAGCUGCGGCCGGAGGUGCUGCACAUCGUGGGCGCCGGUGACGCGGAGCGUUCCAUGGACUUCGAGGUGCUCGCCUCGGCGCUGCCUGCCAAAGCGCGGGUGGUGCUGGUGGGCCCGCAUGCCGUGGGCGCGGGAAAGGAGCCCAGCGAGGAGCUGCUGGGGCCAGAGCUGCGGGCUGACCUGGAGGUGUCCGUCUUCCCCCAGACCUACCAGCGCUUCAUGGCCUGCCAGGAGGAUCUGCCUCCGCCGCAGCUCGUGGUGCUCUUCCAUCCAGGCUUUGACGUGCACUACUUCGCUUGGUACUCUUGCCUGAGGCACUGGGCGGAGCAGCGGGUGCCGGUGCUAGCAACGGCUUACCGGGUGCCUGGAGGCCUUGGUGAAACGCCCCAGACAGUGAGGGCAUUCCUAGAAUGCCUGGUGGGCACUGGCGGCGGCGCCGGCUUGUGGGUUAUGGAGGAGGAGAACCCGCAUGCGAUCGAGGAAGGCUCCUUCAACGCAGGCUACUUCGUGACCUUGGGCUCGCAAGGGGCUCUACCAGUCCUGGCGGAGGAGAUGUACUGGCCGCUCUACCAAGCUUUGCAGAAGCUGGGCCAUCCUUUUGCGCCGCGGGUCGGCUACUUGGACUUGGAGCACGAGCAGGGCAAGGUGUCAUCGAAGAACUUGAACCUGCUCGCUGCGAUUGCGGAGGGUGCGAUGCGUGGGGCACAAGCUGGUGAAGAUGGAGCAGACGAGGAGGCGGCCCGUGGCUUCGCUGCCAUGGUGCUGGAUCAGGUGAUCGGUGCCGGUGCUGGCCAGACCUGGUUGGACUCAGGCUUCGUCCGCGAAGCGUGCCCCAGCUGCGGGGCAGGCUUCGACUCGAGGGAGUGGCACGUCUCCGUUUGUCCUGCAGCAGGCAAGACGGCUCUGCGUGCGGGUGAGGAGGUGCUGGUGGUGGGGCUUGAGAAGGUGCCACAGCUGAAUGGCCAGCGCGGGGAGCUGCGGCGCUUCGUGCGGCCGAAAGAGCGCUGGGUGGUGGCUGUGAAGGGCCGCGAGGCGCUCUUCAAGGCUGCCAACCUGAAGGCCGCGUGACAGGCAACUUCAGGUGGCUGCGCGGAGAAAGAGCGCGGAAAAAAAGGGAGCAGCAGGUCAUGGUUCUGCGGUUGAUUCCGAGGGAUGGUCAGGUCCGCAGGUUUGUUUUCAUUGCUCCAGCCACAUUGAAGACAUGCAUCGCAUGUAUGUAUGCAUGCAUGCAUGCGCGUCCA